AUGAGCACCGAUAAGGUUCAGAUGGCCGAGGCCGGCGACAAGGUGGAGUCACCUCCUACUGCCGUCUCGUUCUUCGAUCCUGCACUCAAGGCAGCCCGUCGCAGUGUGUUCUUUCAAUGGGGUCGAACAGUCUUGGUGCUCUGCGUCUUCAUUCUGUGUAUUUUAUCUUUGUUCUGGGCUGUUGAGUUCCACACGGAGUCCAGGUUCCCCAAACUGACAGUCUGGGUUGUCGACUUUGAUGCCCAGCUGGAGCCCUAUCGAAAUGAGACUCCCAUCGUGGGCCCAGCCGUGACCGAGGUGGUAAAUCAGAUCCUUACCUCGAGUAGCGAGCACCUCGGUUACACAAUCAAGUCCCCGGCCGACUUCAACAAUGACCCCUGGGCCGUGCGUCAAGGAGUGUACGAUGAGCACGCAUAUGCCGCCGUCAUCGUCAAUGCCAACGCCACUGCUCUUCUUCGUGACGCUGUCGUCAACAGCAACUCGUCCUACGACCCUUUGGGCGCAGCUGAGUUUGUCAUUAUCAGUGCCCGCGAUGAAUCUACCUAUUACAAUUACAUCAUGCCCUUCCUAUCUCAAUUCGACCUCGCCGUUCGGUCGUACUUCGGACCUCGCUGGAUACAGACCGUCGCUCAGGAGGGAUACAACAUCACUCAAGUGCCACAAGCCAUUAACCCGGCAAUUGGGUUUACCACAAUCGAUCUGCGCAUGUUUGGGCCAGCCGUCAUCACUCCGUCCGUGAGCAUCGGCUUGAUUUACCUCAUCAUCCUUGCCUUUUUCAACACCCCAUUCAUGAUGCCCAUCCACAUUCAAUUCAUCAAGGGCAAGCAUCCCCCAUUGAAGAUCCCACAGUGGCUCGUGUGGCGCAUUUUGUCCAACAUCGGCACAUACUUCUUUCUCUCGCUUUUCUACUCGUUUGUGUCAUUGGCCUUCCAGAUCCCUUUUACGAAUUCCCCUGCACCAGACACUCAGCCAGCUGCCAACCCCAAUGGCUACGGCCAUGGUACCUUUGUCGUAUACUGGAUGCUUAACUGGGUGGGCAUGUGUGCGCUGGGUUUCCCAUGCGAAAACAUGGCAAUGAUCAUCGGUCUGCCUUGGAGUGCGCUCUUCCUCAUCUUCUGGGUUAUAACCAACGUGGCUACCGGUUUCUAUGCUCUGGACCUCGCACCAAGCUUCUUUAGAUGGGGUUACGCCUGGCCUCUUCACCGAAUCGUCGAGGCACUACGCACGAUUCUUUUUGACACUCACUCUCGGAUCGGUCUCGACUUUGGUAUCCUUUUCUGCUGGAUCGCAUUUUCGAUUGCUCUCUUCCCGCUCGCUGCAGCCUUUAUGCAGUGGAAGAUUAAGCGGGGCUGGGCAUGA